AUGGAAGAAAGGGAAAAUUUAAGGUAUAACCACGAAAAUAAUAUAGGAACCAAAAUUCCUCUCAAAAGAAAUAAAAAAGAAAUUGAUUCGUUAGCAUAUUCUUUAAAGAAAAAUAUAAAAAGCAAUGACGAAUUGCACAAUAGAGCAUAUUAUUUCUUUUCUCCUGAUGAUAUAUUAGAUAAUAUAAUUUUCAAUUUGUCUAAAUAUAUACCGAAAAAUCAACAUAUACUAGAUAAAACUGAAGAUUUUGAUAAGUGUCAAAGUUCAAAUAAUUUCUCUUAUAUAACAUCAUCUAAUACAGAUAGUUGGAAUGAUCCAACCAUUUUUGAUGACAUAAGUUUUGAUGAAGAAGGAAAAAAAGAAAUAAUAAAAAAACAAAAAAAUGAACAAAAAAAUGAUCAGCAAAAUGAUCAAAAAAAUGAUCAACAAAAUGAUCAACAAAAUGAACAAAAGUAUACAAACAAAAUUGAUAUUUAUUUUCCUAUUAAUAGUCAUAAUAAACACAUCAAUACGUGUUGUGUAGAAUGGUUAGGAUAUGUAAACGAAGCUAACGGUUAUGCUGCCAUUAAAAUGGUAGGUGCUUUUAUUUCUCAAGAAUAUUAUACAUAUGUCAAUAGACUAGUUUAUUUUUUAUUUAUGAAGACCAAUUAUUAUGGAAUAGAAAAUUUUUUAAGUCAUCACAAUUUUGUUAACAAAGAUGUACCAUUAUAUAUGAAAUGUAAAAAUAAAUUAUGCAUAAAGUUAUCACAUAUAAAUGUAUCGAAUGAUUUAUAUCUUUAA